AUGUCAGCGAGCGCUGUUUAUGUCCUGGAUCUGAAAGGAAAGGUGCUGGUCUGCAGAAACUACCGUGGAGAUGUGGACAUGUCUGAGAUUGAACACUUCAUGACCCUCCUGAUGGACAAAGAGGAGGAGGGAACGCUCUCCCCAAUCCUGGCUCACGGAGGAGUGCGCUUCAUGUGGAUCAAACACAAUAACCUCUACUUGGUCGCAACCUCCAAGAAAAAUGCCAGUGUUUCGUUGGUGUUCUCCUUUUUGUACAAAAUUGUUCAAGUUUUCUCUGAGUAUUUCAAAGAACUGGAGGAGGAGAGCAUCAGAGAUAACUUUGUCAUCAUUUACGAGCUGAUGGAUGAACUCAUGGACUUUGGUUAUCCACAAACUACGGACAGCAAGAUUCUGCAAGAAUACAUCACACAGGAGGGCCACAAGCUGGACACCGGCGCUCCCCGACCCCCCGCUACCGUGACCAACGCUGUGUCCUGGAGAUCAGAGGGCAUCAAGUACAGGAAGAACGAGGUCUUCCUGGACGUCAUCGAGUCAGUCAACCUCCUGGUUAGUGCCAAUGGAAAUGUCCUCCGUAGUGAGAUUGUGGGCUCCAUAAAGAUGAGGGUGUUCCUGUCUGGGAUGCCUGAGCUGCGGCUCGGCCUUAACGACAAAGUGCUGUUUGAAAACACUGGACGAGGAAAGAGUAAGUCUGUGGAGCUGGAGGACGUGAAGUUUCACCAGUGUGUGCGUCUGUCACGUUUUGAGAACGACCGCACCAUCUCCUUCAUCCCUCCAGACGGAGAGUUCGAGCUCAUGUCCUACCGCCUCAACACACACGUGAAGCCGCUGAUCUGGAUCGAGUCUGUCAUCGAGAAACAUUCCCACAGUCGAAUCGAGUACAUGAUUAAGGCCAAGAGUCAGUUCAAGAGGCGUUCCACUGCCAACAACGUGGAGAUCCACAUUCCUGUGCCAACCGACGCAGACUCACCCAAGUUUAAGACGACCGUGGGCAGCGUCAAGUGGGUGCCGGAGAACAGUGAGAUCGUCUGGUCAAUCAAGUCGUUCCCCGGUGGGAAGGAGUAUUUGAUGCGUGCCCAUUUCGGCCUGCCCAGUGUGGAGGCCGAGGACAAAGAGGGAAAACCACCAAUCAGCGUCAAGUUUGAGAUCCCCUACUUCACCACCUCUGGCAUCCAGGUGCGUUACCUGAAGAUCAUUGAGAAGAGUGGGUACCAGGCCCUGCCAUGGGUGCGCUACAUCACUCAGAACGGAGAUUAUCAGCUGCGGACCCAGUAG